AUGGAAGACAGGAGGAAGCGCAUGUUAUUGGCCAGUGAAAGUUGUCAAGGUCAUGCUACUACUGAGGUUUUGAUCGGUACGCUGAGUAAUCUUCCGGACCAAGUUAUUCACCACAUUCUUUCGUUUCUUCAAAUUAAAGACCUUACUAGUUUCGGCUGCGUGUCCAAAAGAUGCCGAGAAUUUUAUCUGUCAACUCCAUCAUUGAAUUUUGAGGGAUUUUCCAGCAAGCACUUAGAGAGUUAUAGUCGGAGGUUGAGACUGUGGAGUUAUUUGGAUAGGUACCUUUUUAAUCGCGAGUUUAAUAGAAUACAGCGCUUUCGUAUUCACUGGGAACGUUACGAUGAAGAGCGUUGUCGUAAUCACUGGGGAUAUUACGAUGAAGAGCAUGAAAAAAGCUUAAUUGAAGAUGAGAGAUUUCGACUGGAGAAAUGGAUCUGCAAUGCCAUAAGGUGCAAUGUUGAAGACCUUGAUAUCAACUUCGGCAUUUGUUAUGAUGAGGAGGCAGUACGCUUACCUUCUUCUAGAUAUUUGAAGUCUCUAUCGGUGUACGGUAGGAUUCAUAAACUGAAAUGCUUGAAGUUGAAUAAUGUUGGUGUGGUAGAUGAGGGGCUUUUCAAAUGGAUCUCGUCUUCAUGCAAAUGCAUCAAGGAACUAUUUCUUAGAUUUGUUCGUGGUAGGAAGCCAAUGGAUGUCACUAUUGAAAGCUCAUCUUUGGAAUCAUUGUACAUUGAGGAUGUUACUACUUUGCGUCAUCUUCACAUUGCCGGUGAUAAGAUUAGAAAAGUAAUCAUCGAAUGUUUAUUUUGGACAGACAAAGAUCAAUAUUUUAGUCUUUGUGCUCCGAAUCUCAGUAGUUUUAACUGGAUCGGGAGUUUGGUGAAUCGACCUGACAUUGGAAGAUUGGAACUUUUAGAAGAAGCUAGUAUUUGUCUUUCUCCUAGUAAUGCUGCGUUUGUCUAUGUAUCUGAGAUUCUUUCCUGCUUGUCAAGUGUUAAGGUUCUUACACUAAACAAAGCGACUACGAUGGCCCUAAUCAAAGGAGGCUCCAUGCCAUUGCUAAAGAAUGUUACUUCUCUGCGUAUUCAUAUUGAAGGCUUUCUUAAUACUCUAGUCCCUACAAUGGCCUCCCUUUUGGGAGGAAUGUCUAAGUUGAAUGUGUUAAUAGUAAAGUCUGACCUAGUCCUCCGUGACCCUAAAGAUGAGUGUUGUUGGUUUGAUAUGGGAUACUGGAAGCUGCAAAAUAUUGCUUUUAUUAAUCAGCUCAAGGAGAUUACCAUAGAGCUUUGUUGUGGUUCCAAUGGAAUUGAGUUUGCUACAUAUAUCCUUGAACAUGCACAAAAUUUGAAUAAAAUGACAAUUGUGCAUUCACCACAGCAGUCUAUUGCUAUGAGUAAGUUAAAGAAAAGCAAGAUGACUUCCAACAUCACACUUGAUUUUCAGGAAGAUCAACGAAGAGGACCUCAGAAGUGA